AUGGGUUACAGCAGCUGGAUCCACGACACCAACCUACGGGUUGCGCGCAGCCCCGUGGGGAGAUGGUUUCGACUGGAAAACUCCGGGCAUCCCAGGGAACGAAAGGGUAGCUUCUUCUUCACGGAAAUGCGCGCGGGCCUAGCAACUUUCUUCGCGAUGGCGUAUAUCAUCUCUGUCAACGCCAAUAUCACAUCCAGCACCGGUGGAACAUGUGUUUGCUCCGCAGAGGACUGCUCCACAAAUUCCGAAUAUCUUCUCUGCGUCCAAGAAGUGAAGCGUGACAUGGUUACGGCGACAGCGGCAAUUGCGGCUCUCUCCACUUUCUCUAUGGGUCUCUUUGCGAACCUUCCAAUCGCACUGGCACCGGGAAUGGGCCUGAAUGCUUAUUUCGCAUACACUGUUGUCGGCCCAUACGGAUCCGGGUUGAUUCCGUACAGCGUGGCUUUGACAGCUGUGUUCGUCGAGGGCUGGGUCUUCCUCGGCUUAACGCUGAUCGGUAUGCGACAGUGGUUGGCUCGGGCGCUUCCUGCUUCGAUCAAGCUUGCCACGGGCGUGGGCAUCGGAUUAUAUCUUGCUCUCAUUGGUCUGACAUACAGUGCCGGUAUUGGCUUAGUGCAAGGCGGAGUUGAUACCCCCAUCGAACUGGCCGGCUGCACGAAUGCGCCGCAAUAUCUUGAUGACAACGGAUUGUGCUUAAGCAGUGCAAAAAUGCGAAGUCCAACGAUGUGGGUUGGUAUCUUCUGUGGUGGAUUUCUGACAGCGCUUUUGAUGAUGUACCGAGUCAAGGGUGCUGUUAUCAUCGGUAUUCUGUUGGUCUCGAUCAUUUCAUGGCCCCGAACGACUCCUGUCACAUACUUUCCGUACACUGACUUGGGAACGAGCAUGUUCGAUUUCUUUAAGCAAGUCGUGACGUUCCACCCUAUCAAGCAUACUCUGGCUGCCCAGGAGUGGAAUAUCUCUGGCCACGGGUCACAAUUUGGUCUUGCGUUUAUCACAUUCUUAUAUGUUGAUAUUCUGGACACGACUGGAACCAUGUACUCUAUGGCUCGGUUCGCAGGUGCCAUCGAUGAACAAACCCAGGACUUCGAAGGCAGUGCGGUCGCCUACAUGGUCGACGCAAUCUCCAUCUCAAUCGGAUCUCUCCUGGGUAGUCCCCCAGUAACAGCGUUUGUUGAAUCCGGCGCUGGAAUUUCGGAAGGCGGAAAAACUGGCCUAACGUCCUGCAUGACGGGCUUUGCAUUCUUCAUCUCUGUCUUCUUCGCUCCAAUCUUCGCUUCCAUACCUGCAUGGGCGACCGGCUGCACACUCGUGAUUGUGGGUGCGCUCAUGGCCAAAUCUGCCGCCGAUAUCAACUGGCGAUACUACGGCGACGCGAUCCCGGCCUUUUUGACGAUCGCAAUCAUGCCUUUUACUUACAGCAUCGCGUACGGACUCAUUGCGGGCAUUCUCAGCUACAUUCUUCUCAACGGUAUUGCAUGGUCUCUCGAAAAGGUCAGCGGAGGUCGAAUCGUUCCUCCGAAUAAGGAUGAGUCGGACCCCUGGUCUUGGAAACUGCCCGGUGGUAUCUUGCCGCCCUGGGUUAAGCGUGCUGCUCGGGGCCAAAAGGACUUUUGGCGACGGGAUGAAGAGUCUCCGGAGCUCCAGCUUGAGGAAUCUGGCUCUUUCAAUUCGUCACAGCAGGAGCGUGUGGCUAUCGAGAAGGGUCAUAAGUCUGGAAACCCGUAG